AUGGCUGACGCUGGACGCAAAGAUUUCCUUACCAAGGCCAAGGAGGAGUUGACUCCUGACAGCACCAAGUCCCAGCAGGACAAGAUUGGCGAGGCUUUCACUGACACCAAGGACCGCGUUGCUCGUGGCCUCCAGCCUGAUGACCAGAAGGGUACUGCCCAGCAAAUCUUCGACAAGGGCCAGCGUGCCAGCGACAACCAGAGCGGCGGAGCUGCCCAGGCCAUUGGCGACAAGGUCAAGAGCGCCCUUGGAAUGGACACCAAGCCCGAGUAA